UUUGUUUUCAAAAACAGUUAAAUGUAACGUUCAUCGUUCAUUUCAUUUCUGGGUUUUGGGCAUUUCGGUUUGGCCGUUAAUUUGUGAAUUAUUUUAUUUUAUAUCUUCAAGAUAUUUGUAUUCGUAUUAAAUGACUUAUUAAAUAGAUCCAUUGAAAAUAUUUCAAUAACGGUAAUAUAUACCUUGAUAAACUCCCGAUAAGUGUUGGGUUUCCUGUAGAAUGGAAUUCAAGUAUAUAAAUGACAGAAACAAAACCCCCAAGGCAAAAUCCUCGAAAGUUUUUUCAAGUACUGUUAACUGUGAUAGUCCUUUUAUGUUUUUACCUAAUGUGUCAACACCCCCAUCAAGAUUCACGCGGAUCAUUAACCCAUUCGAGCAUCACCUUGUAGACAGACUUCAUUUACCAAUGUUCAGCCCAUCGGUAUUUGCCAAAGUAUCUACUCCCAAGAGUGAUGAAAAGACAAAAUUUAAAUGGACAAUAGAUGACAUAUCGAGCUUGAAACCUGCUGAUAUUGAUGAGGGAACAAUUAGUCAACAUGUUAUUGAAGAGGAUCCUCAGGUUGAAUCUCUUGUACAAGAAAAGAUCAACAGAUUUUUCAGUGAGGAGGUUAUACUUCCUAGUCCAAUGACAGAUAUUGUUAGAGUUCCUCUAGUUAGUACCAAUGUGACUGCUUUCAAUCCACAGAAACUGAAGGAAUAUUCAGAAAGUUCUGCUCAAACUAUUUUGACACUGCCUCCUGUACUGCCCAAGCAUAUUGAAGAUAUCCUCAAACCUUACUUUAUUCAUACUGAAGACCAACAAGGAACUGAAACAAACAUGAAAAACACUUCAUUGUACCGCAACCUCUUUGAGUUUGAGUCUGAUUUGGAAAGUGAUUCCAGGCAGUCUUCACCUGCUGUUUCUACAGGACUGUCACCUAUACAGUUUUCCCCAUUCCCCCAUGAUGGACGAGAAUCAUUACCCCAUGAGAGACGAGAAUCAUUACCCCAUGAGAGUAACCCUGAGAAUCAAGAACUAAGGGAGUGUAGUUUGUCACCAAUUUAUAGGUCUCCUAAAGAGUCUAGAUCAGCUGUUAGGUUGAAUUUUUCCAAUUCAAUGGGGAUGAGUAUUGAUGCAAGCAUGGCAGUACCUGAUAUUGCUAAUCAAAUACCAGAUCAGAGUGUAUUAUUGGAUUGCAGUGAACAUGCCCUUCAAACUUUUGAACCUUUGAGUGAUUCUACUGUAAACUGGGAGAUGGAAUAUAGGCAUGUUUCUCUAGCAUCACCUAGUAGCAGCCCAGAAUCUGUGAAAAUGGAAGUUUCUAAUGUCAACACUCCUCAUUCGAAAAUUUUUACUAGUCAGAGAAAAAGACUCAGUGAUAGCUUUAAGGAGGAACAAAACCUAAAUGAAGAGAAUAUGCAAUCAAAAGAGAUUAUGAGACAAAAUAGAAAAUUAUUCAAAAAUGACAACACUGAUGCUGGAUAUCACACUGAAAGUACAACAUUCUAUGAUGAAUCUAUGUUUGGCACUCAUGUAUUUGCAUCCACACCUACUAAAAUAAAACUGAAUAACUAGAAUCGCAAAUAAGCAUGAUUCAAUGCCAUCUCUAAAAUUCUGAAAAUAUAAUGAGAAUGUCAGAAUGUCUUAUCCCAAGUAAAUGGAGUGAUUAUAUAUAUAUAUCAAUUGUAUAGUUUUAGUUUUUUAUGUAUUUUCAUGAAAGUUCACUGCCAUAAUUGAAGUUUUUCAAAUGUGUUUUUAUUUAUUGUUAUUAUAAGAUCUUUUAUAUUAUAUAAUUUAUUGCUG